AUGCCCAGUGUCUCAGCAGGCGGUGACUGUGGCAAAGGACUUUUCGGCAGGGAAAUGGGACCUUUGCAAGAAUACAACUUACUCAAGUGUGCUCCCAUGUUGGAAAGUAACUUUGUGCAGAUUAGCAAGUGAGGAGAAAUGAUUGACUUGCACAAUCAAAUUCAGACGGUGACUGUUGCAGUAGCCUGCACAAGCCCCAGUCUGCUGGUCCCUGAAAUAUUGCUUUUCCCUCUGUGUCUGGUUAGGAUCUCAAUCCACAAUCCAGAGAAGCAGCAGCUACGAUUCAAGCUGUCAAGUGGCCGUACCUUUUACCUGCAGUUCUGUCCCCAACCUGGCUGGAAUGGAACAACUCACAUUCCCCUGCACUCAUCCGGCCGUGCCCACCCAGUUGCACCAAUACAUCUGGGUCCACCCAGUCACACCCACCCAUCCAAGCCAACCUAG